ACCCACCCAACACCCCCACACACACUCGUCACCAUGGCCGACCCCGCUGCCUCGAUGCCCACCUUCAAGCUCGUGCUCGUCGGCGACGGCGGCACUGGCAAGACGACGUUCGUCAAGCGCCACCUGACGGGCGAGUUCGAGAAGAAGUACAUUGCCACGCUCGGCGUCGAGGUGCACCCGCUGCAGUUCCACACCAACUUCGGCCCCAUCUGCUUCAACGUCUGGGACACCGCAGGCCAGGAGAAGUUCGGCGGCCUGCGCGACGGCUACUACAUCCAGGGCCAGUGCGGCAUCAUCAUGUUCGACGUCACGGGCCGCAUCACGUACAAGAACGUGCCCAACUGGCACCGUGACCUCGAGCGCGUGUGCGAGAACAUCCCGAUUGUGCUGUGCGGCAACAAGGUCGACGUGAAGGAGCGGAAAGUCAAGACGGGCGCCGUCACGUUCCACCGCAAGAAGAACCUGCAGUACUUUGAGAUCUCGGCCAAGUCGAACUACAACUUCGAGAAGCCGUUCCUGUGGCUCGCGCGCAAGCUCGUCGGCAACCCGACGCUCGAGUUCGCCGCCGCGCCCGCGCUGGCGCCGCCGGAGGUGCAGGUCGACGAGGCGCUGAUGGCCAAGUACAACACGGAGCUCGAGGCGGCUGCCGCUGCGCCGCUGCCCGACGAGGACGAUGGAGACCUCUAAGCGGCUGCCGUCUGUGCAGGCUGUGCGCGCAGGGCUGUCUCAUCUCGCGCCGCUGCCCCAAGCGCCGCAUCCCAACCCUAAUGUCGCCCGGGCGUACGCCUACCGGCUGCGUCUCUCGCCCGCUCGCGUCCCCUGCAUCGCCCCGCCCGACUGCGUCCCCGUACUAAAAUCAAAGACCCGC